AUGGCGGAGGAGUUUCAGGCCAGGAUUUGUGGCGGCAACUCAUGGUGGAGUUCAUCGAGACACGUGCUGGCGGCAUCACCGUGUUCUGUGGGUUUUAAUGAUCAUAUGGGGGGCUUCGGCUACCCCAACGACAUGGUGGACAUCAAGGCAACAAGGUCUUCCUGCGGUGAGAUUAAUAACUUGGUUUCUGAUGACCAUGACGGUGGUGAUCAUAGUAAUUCUAUUGCUAAUUUUGAUCAAUAUCAAGAUGUUCAAAAGCCUGAUCAUGAUUCCACCUUGCAAAUGAUAGGUUUUGGUCUUUCAUCAUCGUUAUCUUCAACACCCUCAGAUUUCAACCAAGCUUUGCUCCUUCGCAGUGGUAGUGGAAGAGGUGAGAGCAAUUUUCAUAAUUCUAUGCUCCAAGAAGAUAUGGGUAUGAACACCAAGUUGAACACCGGCGCCCUAGGCGAUGAAGAAUCAUCUUCUCUCAUAAAUGUUUUCAAGCCCAUGAAUCAAGAUUUCUCUUUAGACCAAUUAGGUUCACCAUCGUCUUCUGGCUUUCCUAUAAGCUCAUCGUCAUCAGCUGCUAAUUCUUACGGCUUCUCCUCAGCCUUAAUGUUGCAAACUCUAUUUGAUUCUGAACCAGUACCUCAAACCCAACCCCAACAAUCAGUUUUCAACAACAAUCAGUUUUCAAAUGGCUCGUUAUUAUCAUCUUCUCCUACUAGUAAUUGUUGGCCGCCGAGAUACUCUCCAAACAGUUGCCUAAGACCCUCAGCGCUUCCAAAGCAGUUACAACCUGUUGUUGGUGGUGGCAGUAGCUUGCACUUUUCCAAUAACAUUAGUACACCCUUCUGGAACGCCCCCGCUCCUGCGGCUUUAAAUCAAGACAAUACUAUUCGAUCUAGUAAUGAUCUGUUUUCCUCCUCACAAGCACAGUAUACAACACCUUCUCUGUCACCUUUUCAUGAAAAGAAACCCAAUUCCAACAACUUUACCACCAAGGCCAAUACUAAUGGAGGUGUCCAAGAUUCAAGCUCCUCUGUUGUAAAGAAAAGUAGCAGCAGCGCCUGUGAACCUGUAUUCAAAAGAGCUCGAAUUGAAACACCUUCACCCUUACCGACUUUUAAGGUUCGGAAAGAGAAGCUUGGGGAUCGGAUCACCGCCCUCCAGCAAUUGGUUUCACCUUUCGGAAAGACUGAUACAGCUUCUGUCCUCCACGAAGCUAUUGAGUACAUCAAAUUCCUCCACGAUCAAGUCAGUGUUUUAAGUACUCCAUAUAUGAAAAAUGGAGCUCCCAUGCAACAGCAACAGGGUACUGAUAAAAUGGAGGAGGCCUCGGAAGGAGCACAACAAGAUCUACAAAGCCUAGGACUCUGUUUGGUUCCAAUUUCAAGCACAUUCCCGGUUGCUAAUGAGACCACAGCUGAUUUUUGGACACCAUCAUUUGGAGCAACUUUCAGGUGAUCAGAAGAGAAGAGCUGAGGAAGCCAAGGCCUAAUAAUAUAAUAGAAGCCAAAUUGGUAAGGGUCGACAGACUAAAGUCCAUACUGAGCCAACUGCUAGCAGGACUAAUGAUCGAUGUACGGCUAGCAAGCGAUUAAAUAUUAUAGACCAUUUCAAUUUUUAUGUAAAACUAAUUAAUAUAAGUUAUUAGUUAGGAGAUGGGUUUGGAACAGGAACAGGUGCUAAAUUUAGCGGAAGUUGAUAUUAUAUUAGGGUUUAGGGAUAUUAAGUUGUUGACAACAGCUGAAUUUAGCAGAUGGGGUGUAAAGAGCUGCCUUUUGUUCCUGUUCAUGUAUGUUGAGGGUUGGCACCACCACCUUUCCAUUAUCUCAGAGAAGAGAAAACUAAAUAGAUUUAAAGCGAUUUGAAUUGUA